AUGGCCCUAAAUGAUGGGAGCGACAAUCAAACAGCUGAUAAAUUUGCUUACAUUUUGUGGGAGAAUCGCCAUAAUAAUGGUUUCAAAACCAAGGUCAAUGAAGAUCUUGAGGAAGGAGAAAUAUAUGAAGAAAUUGAUACUGAACAUUUUGAAUCAACUGAACAAAAUACAAAAAUUCGAGUAACUAAUGAUAAUCUUCUUAUAGAAAGUUUGAAAGAAAAACAUUCCGAACCUCCAUUGGAAGUGAGGUCUCAUGACAUGUUUCAUCAGAAAACGAUACAUGAUCCUUUACCUACGACCUCAAAAUUUAAUAACAGUAGGCCUGGACAGAACUGGACUGCAAGAAAUAAAAGGACUAUAAUCAAACAAGAUGUUGAAGAUCAAAUAGAUAAUGAUAAGCUUUGGUAUAAAAAAAGUAGAUUUGAUGACGGCGAUCAAAAUGGGUUAUUUAAUAGAGAAAUACAUUAUGAUACACCAAUAGAACCAAUGGAAGCUGGCAAUUAUGAAGAAAUGUCAAAUUCAAGUGGAAACAAUAAUCCCAAUAUUUCAAACUUUGAGUCAUUUCCACAAAAAUUUGAAAAUGAAGAAGAAUUUUGCUCUUUUAAGAAAUGUAAUAGUAGAGAAAGAAAAUUAUAUGGCUUCAAUAUGGAUAGAAGUAGCAGAAGUAAAAAUAUAAAUCAAUGGAUGAUCACUGGUUCUGACAUGAAAAAUGAACAAUCUCAUUUCAGAAAAAAAAUAUGUAAAUAUUUUCUUAGAGGAAAAUGUUUAAAGGAAGAUAAUUGUACCUAUGCUCAUAAAAAACCAAAUGAUCACCAAAUGAAGCUCUGCAAAUAUUAUUUAUCGAGUUAUUGUAUUAAAGAUAAUAAGUGUCCAUUUAUGCAUAGUGAUUUUCCCUGUAAAUAUUAUCAUACUGGUGUCAAGUGUUAUUCAGGAAAAAAUUGUCGAUUAAGCCAUGCGAAGAUUGAUGAUGAUAAAAAAAACAAAUAUGAAGAGACACAAAUACAUUUAACAAAAAAUAAUGAUAUUAAAAUUCCAUCAAUUAUAGAAAAGCAAAUACCUAUACUUCCUAAAUCAAAAAGCACUGAAAAAAGCUCAGAUGAAUAUUUAAAGGAUAAUCAUAACAACAAUAAUAUUCAUACACCAAUGUUGCAAAUACCUACACAAGAAGAGCCUGUUGUUGAUAAUACUUUGAAAUAUCAAAAAUACGAAUACAAUGAUAAAAAUAAAACAGGAAAACAAGAAAAUCAAUAUAGAGAGGAACAAAACAAAGAAAGACAGAAAGAGACAAAUGAAGAAAAAAACAGACCAUAUAUAGAUGAAUUGUUCAUGCAAAAUAUAUUUCAUCCUUCAUUUGAUGAUCUAUAUGAUGAUAACGAAGGAAACGAUCUUGUUAUUGAUGAGGGAAAAUCUGAAAAUGAUGACAAUUCUCAAUUUGAAUUGCUGCCAGAUAAACAAAAACAGCUUUUCAAUCGAAUUCAAAGCCAUCAAAAAAAGUAUAAUGAAAUAGAUAUGAGUGAAGACAGUUUUACUCAAGAAAAACAUUAUUCAAGUGAUAUUUCAGAAUAUUCAGUUUCUAAUUCUAUGAAUAAUGCAUUGAAUAUUUUACAAAAUGAAAAAGAACUGUCACCACAAUGGUCUUCCCCUAAGUCAAAUUCAUCAAAAGUGGAAGAUGUUCAUCGUUAUGAAGCCAAUAGCCAUGUUUUGGCUAAGCUCCCGAGUAUAAAACCACUUGUUAAUAUAUCAACUAUAGAAAUUCAACCUUAUCCAUUAGAAAUGCCUAAUGAUUUCRAAAUAACUAUACAAGAUGAAAUAAAUAGCGUUAAAGAAUUUCCAAUUAGUCCUAAGUAUAGAUAUAGUUGUGCCAUAGAAUUGGGUAAAGAAGAUAUAGAUUUAAGACAACUAACAUAUACAUUUCCCAUUACAACAGCUACUGAGAUAAACGCUUCUAUUGAUAAUCAUCUGCCAAUGAAGUAUCAUAUGAUACCAAUUGAAGUUCCUGUACUUGACUACUCUAAAAUUACACCUAUGAUCAGAAUUGACGAUCCACGGCAUAGACAUGGUAUAAAAGCAGCAAGAAAUCUUACGUUUAUUCAAAAUAGCCCUGCAAUUGUUAGUGCAACUACUGUCAGAUCAUCAGUGACACCCCAAGAAAUUGUUUCCAGAGAUCCUAGAAAACAACAUACAGACAUUAAUACUUUCACAUCAGCUAUUCAUGCUCCACUUUUACAAACACCAUACCCAUAUCAAUCAUCUACGGACAUCGACAUGAGAUGUAUUUUACCACAAAUUAUGGCUAUGACAAAUAAUCCAAGCAGGGAACCAAUGAUUUUUGGUGAGCCUAGUAAUGCUAUAUAA